GUUGUAUAGUAUAUCCAGUCCAACUGCAUAUUAUCGAUGAACAAGAUGGUUGCGCAUCUAGUACGCGCCUGAUGAACCCCAAAUUAUUUGGACACGAUAAUUGUGACAGCGACGACGAUGAUGAUGAGCUUGAUUAUUUAUACCAAGGGCAAAAGACAGCGCGCAAUGCAAGUUGCACGGGACGACAGCGCUUACCGGAUCCACGGUGUCCCCACGGCCCAUGUCAUCUGCAACUCGCACAUGUUGGUUCGCGUUGCCGGGCUUCAGAAAUGUGGAGGUGUUCUUGCGUCUAAAAUGGCUGCAGCAGAAAUGGGUCUGAUCACACACACGGACACGGACGGCAGCGGCUGUACAGCUCGGUUGAUCCAUCUCUCCUCCGAUCUCCGAGUCCGACCCAUUUCUCCUGCCACGAUCCAUGGCUACCCACCUGAGGUCCAUCAGUCUGCCCACGCGGCCCCACGCCCUCGUCCUCAAGGCCGAGCAGGAGCUGCGGCGGCUCAGGGCCCUCGUGUCGCCGCCCUCGCCCUCGCCCUCGCCGCCGGCGCCGGCCCUGCGCGCGCUGCUCCAGGACCUCGGCGACCUGCACGAGUACGUCGAGGAGGUCGUCCGCCUGCCCACCAACUGGGACGCGCUCCGCCUGCCCCGGCACAGGCGCCUCGUGGAGGCCGAGCUCGAGGGCUCCGUGGCGCUGCUGGACCUCUGCGGCGCGGCCAGGGACGGCCUCGCCGCCGCCAAGGACCAGGUCCGGGACCUGCGCUCGGCGCUCCGCAGGCACCGUCGAGCGGCGGGUACCCUCCUGAGCUGCCGCCGCGGGCCGACGUGGCGCCGGCCGUCGUCGGCGGCAGGGUGGAGGCGUACGCUGCGGCGCUGAAGAAGGCGAGCAGGGCGAUCAGAAGAGGGUGCGGCAAGCGCGCUGCCGCCGCCGCCGCCGAGACCGCCAGGGAUGAUUCUUGCGGCGGCGCGCCGAGGCCGGUCGCGAUGCUGGCGGAGGUGAGGGAGCUCACCGUGUCUCUCCUUCAGUCGUCCCUGGAGGCCUUGCUCAGGCAAGCCGUCGUCAGGCCGAGCACCACCAGCAAGUGGUCGCUGGUCUCGAGAGCCCUGCUGUACAGCAGGAGCACGGCGUCGUCCGGGGAGGAUGAAGAGGGCGCUCGUGCUGACGCUGAUGAUGAAGCAGCGUCCGGUUCUCUCUGCAUCAAGGAUGUCGCGAGUGGCGAUGGCCAGACGAAGGCUCAGAGCCAGCUGCAGGCCCUGGAGGGCUGCAUCGAAGGCCUCGAGGAGGUAUUGGAGCGCCUGUUCAGGAACCUUAUCAGGAGCAGAGUUUGUCUCCUGAACUGCGUCAGUUUGUGAUUCUUGACUCUUGAGAGUCCUGCGAGGCUGCGACGUUGUAAAUGUCUGAUGAUUGCCGUCCACUUUUUUAAGGAUUGCUUGUCAAUGUCAUUGGUGUUCCAACUCA